AUGACCGCCGCCAACGCAAAACGGCCGGUAGUCAACUCUCCAGCUCGGGCGACCCGACCUGCGACCCCGCCUGCACCUGCACCGGCGGCCCCGAACGGGAAGAAGAAGAAGAAGAAGAAGGGAAAGGGAAAAGGUGCGGAGCGACCGGUCGAGUACGACGAAGAAGACGACGAGUACGACGACGCGGCACUUCCGGCGCUGGAGUCGAUGGGCGGGUUCUAUGAGCACGCCCGGACGCGCACCGGCCUCUCUCCGGAGCUGGCCUCGGUGCACGUGUCGACGACGGCGUCGCUGUCCGCGUCGCUCGCCGCGCACCUGAAGCCCACGACGGCGGCGGUGGAGGCGGAGCUACUCGCGACCGCGGACCACCUCGCGCGGAGCAUGGAGGGCGCGGAGGGCGGACUCGUGAACGACGAGUACUGGGCGUCCUUCCCGGACCAUCUGCGCAACUUUGUACGGCACACUUACUCUCGAUUGAGCUCGGUCGGUGACGCGGACCCAAAGACGCAGGCCAUGUACGCCAUCGCGCAGCAGAUGCACUCUGGCGCGGCGCGCGACGGCGGCGGCGGGCGGUUCCCGCCCGGGGCGUACCCCGGGGGGCUGCCCGCGGCUAUGCCGUUCGACCCGGCGAUCUUCGCGGACCCACAGUUCGCGCUGGCGAUGCAGCAGGCCGCGGCGGCGAACGGGGCGUUGCAGGCGGGGGAGGCGGGGGCGGACCUGGUGGUGUACCCGGAGGAUGUCGAGUACGGCGGCGAGGACGAGUACGGGAGCGAAGACGACGAGGGCGGGGGGUCGCCGGGCGGCGGCGGGCGGCUGGCGGCGGCACACUUCACGCUCGCGCUGGAGGAGGCCGGAGCGCGGGCGGCGGCCGAGGGGCGGGCGCGGCGGCGGAAGAAAAAGAAGCGGGGGACGACCGGGGAGACGGACAGCGAGGCCGGCCGGCCGGGGCUGGCGGCGGGCGGUACGCCGGAGACGGUGACAAAUGGCGGGGCUGGCGGGCGGGGAGCGCCUGCGCCCGUGUCUGCUCCCAACCGUAUGCCCGCCGCACGUCCCCCGCCUGCCGCUGCCGCCAACCCGCCCCCGUCGUCCCGCGCGGCGGGCAAGAAGCCCAUGUCGUACACCCCUGCCCCUGCCGCCGACCCGCCUCCGCCGUCGCGGCGCGCAGCGUCCAAGGCGCCGAUCUCCUCGCACGCGUACGGCCAUAAUCACGCCCAUCACCAUCCAUCGCCCCCAUCCUCGAACGCCUCCACGCCGCACAAGCCGAGACCGCCAGCGACGGGCCAGCAGCCGGCCAAAAACAACAAGAUAUGGUCUACGAGCACGACCGAGGAGCGCGAGCGCAUCAAAGAGUUCUGGCUCGGGCUCGGUGAGGACGAGCGCCGGAAUCUGGUCAAAAUCGAGAAGGAGGCCGUGCUCAAGAAGAUGAAGGAGCAGCAGAAACACAACUGCAGCUGUGCUGUCUGCGGCCGCAAGCGGAAUGCGAUUGAGGAGGAGCUCGAGGUACUGUACGAUGCCUAUUACGAAGAGCUAGAACAGUACGCGAACUACCAGCAGCGCUACAUCUCCUCCGGCGGGACGCUGCCUCCUCCUCAAGGGCCGGGUCCAUUUCCGGGCAGCGUCGAACUGGACAAGAACGGUGCCGUCAUCAGCCCCCAGCCGCCAAACGCCCACCGUGGCAAGAACGCCAUCCAGACAAACGGGCGCAAGCCCGUCAAGUCCGCCCCGGAGAGCGAGUUCGAGGACGAGGGGGAGGAAGACGAUCCGGAUGAAGAGGUGUAUGAGGACGAUGAGGACUACGAGGACGAGGACGAGGAGGACGGCGAGGAAGACGAGGACGUGGACCCGGAGGAUGAUGAGGACCCCAAGUCGGACCGGAGGGCAGCCGCGCGCCGGCGAGCCGCCAAUGGUACGAAGGCGAACGGCGCAGAUGGUAUCGGCAACUUCGGGAACAACCUCACUGUCACCGGCAAGUACCGGAACAUUCUCACAGUAGCCGAUGAUCUGCUCAAGAACGACGGCCAGAAGUUCCUGGAGAUGAUGGAACAGCUGGCGGAGCGACGGAUGCAGCGGGAGGAAGAGGCGACACUUGACGUGGAGGAAGACAGUGAGGAUGAGGACGAUGAAGGCGACGAGGAUGAUGACGAGGAGGACGAGGAGGACGAAGAGGAUGAGGACGAAGAGGAGAUCAUGACCGAGGAGCAGAAGAUGGAGGAGGGCAAGCGAAUGUUCUCCAUCUUCGCUGCGCGCAUGUUCGAGCAGCGCGUCCUCAAGGCCUAUCGGGAGAAGGUCGCCCAGGAACGCCAACUCCAGCUCCUGCGCGAGCUCGAGGACGAGGACAAGAUCAACAAAGAGCGCGAGGCGAAGAAGCAGUCCCAGAACCAGAAGAAAAAGGACAAGAAGCGGUCACAGAAGUUGGCCAAGGAGGAAGAGAAGGCGGCAAAGGCGGCGGAGAAAGCUGCUGAGGAGUCUGCGCUACGAGCCAAGCAAACUGCUCUCGAAGAGGAACAACGCAAGCGCCGCGAGGAGGACCGUGCGCGACGCGAGGCUCAGCGGAAGGCGCAGGAAGAGGAGAAGACGCGCAAGGAGGAGGAGCGACGGAAGCGGCUAACAGAAGAGCGCGAGCGCGAAGCCGAGCGAGAACGCAAGAAGCGCGAACGUGAGGAAAAGGCCAAGGCUGAGCGCAGAGAGAAGGAGGAGAAGGAGCGCAAGGCCCGUGAGGAGCGCGAAGCCAAACUCGCUGCUGACCGUGCCGCGGAGAAGGCCCGCCACGAGCAGCAGGAGAAGGUGGAACGCGAGCGCCGCCUUGCCAAGGAGAAGGAGGAUAAGGAGAGGGCAGAGCGGGAGAGGGCGGACAGGGAGAAGGCUGAAAAGGAGACCCGGGAGCGUGUCCAGCAGCAGCAGCGAGAGCGCGUCGCUGCCACCAGGAACGCUCGCCAACCUACCUCUCCACGCAACGCCAACCAGGCAGGAUCGUCCAAGGCAUCUUCCAGCCGUGCGCAACCGCAGAAGCAGAUCCUACCCAAGCCCCAGCCUCCCACCCAAGCCCCCCCUCCUGCCGUCCACCCUCCCCGUCCCCAGCCUCCCCAACAUCCUCAACCCCGUGUGCCCAUGGUUGGUGCGUCCCAGGUUCAGCCUCCCGCGCUCAUCACCCCGCUCUCCCACGGCAUGCCUCCGCAAGCACCGGGCUUUCCGCAGUCAAUCAGCGCUCAAGGACUUGUCCAACCAGUGCUCUCCCCGCGGCUUCCCUUCAACCCCGCCGCCGCUUUCGUCCCCGUUCCCAUGGCUCCCGGCCCCGCCAUCCCGCAAGGUCCCCCUCCUCCACUCGCGCCGUCCGCGAUCCCGCGCAGCUUCGGCUCUGGGAACCCGUUCGACUUCGGUGCCCGUCCCCUCGCUCCGCCCGCCCCCAUUGCGCCCCCCUCUCGGCCGACACCGAACCCGCUCGCCUCGCCGACACAGGCCAACCUCGUCCCCGGUCCCAGCCGCCUCGCUCUCCCCGACCCGGGGCCUAUCACCCGCCCGUCCAUCGCGCCCAUCGCGCGGCCGACGACGGAGGCCUCCGGCUCAGGUUCGACGUCGCCCACACGCCGAUCCCCGAGCCCGAAGGGCGUUCUCGGCUCCUCCGCGCUGCUCGCCGAGGACGACGAGGUCAUCACGACACCGUCCGGUCGCCGUGCGCCGACGGCGGUCGGCUCCGGCUGGGGCACGACGAGUCCCCGCGGCUCGAUAUCUUCCCCUUGGGGUCCACCAGGCGCGCCGUUCCCCGGCCGCGCGCCCGGGAGCAUCAUUGUCCCCCCACUCGGGACGGGUCAGUGGAUCGAGUGGCCGCAGAACACGAACUUCUUCGGGCAGCCGAACUACCCUCACAACCCCUCCGCCCCGCCACACACCGGCGGCUGA